AUGUCUUCGAAGUCUGAGCUCGAUCCUCUCCUCCCUCGAAACGACCCCGCUCCAGAGAUACAAGGCGACGGGUAUUCGAGUCUUAGAGGAUACACCGAUGACAAGCCUUCAGAGGCGCAGUCUUUGGCUCAGAAAGAUGGUAGCAUUGACAUCGAGGAAGACGAAGACGAUACGCAACUGUCGCCAUUGACGUCGGCCAGAUCUGCCUUGAGCACCAUCAGCGCAAUAUUCACAAUCGUUGUCUUUGUCGGCUUCGUGAUAGCUUUCCUGGGCCCGAGCUUUCAAAAUGACAACCCUAUACCCUUACCACAUAACCCUCCUUCCACAAUCUCGGACCGGGUCUUUUCUAUUCUGGACGGGACCCCGUUGAUUGACGGACACAAUGAUCUUGCCAUCUUCAUCCGAGAUGCAUAUAAGAAUAAAAUACACUCCAAGGAGUUCAAGGACAAAUUUGAAAAUGGAGGCUUGGAAUUGAAUGUUGACCUCCCACGCCUACGGCGAGGUCAAGCUGGAGGUGCUCUUUGGAGCGCCUUUGUGGCUUGUCCAGAUGAUGCCAGCGACAACUUCUCAGACGAGACCUAUUCCACCGCUGUGGCGCAUACCCUCUCCCAGAUUGACUUAGUACGUCGACUCCAGAGUCACUAUUCGAAUAACUUUACUUCUGCAACAGCUCCAUUGUCCGAGGCGCUGUCCAAGUUCCAUGCUUCAAGAUCCCUGAUCUCUCCGAUAAGCAUUGAGGGACUACAUCAAAUCCCCCAGUCUGCCCCCUUAUCCACGCUUCGGUUGUACCAUACUUUGGGCGUUCGUGCAGCUACACUUACCUGGAACUGUCACAAUGCUUUUGCUGAUGCUGCAUUAAUCUCGUCAAGAGGAGAGACAACGGUCGCACCCUACCACCGUGGUGGUCUGACGCCAGCGGGCAGGGAGGUUAUCCAUGAAAUGAACCGUCUCGGAAUACUCGUGGACAUUUCCCAUACGUCGUACUGGACCCAGAAAGCGGUCCUCAGCAACGGAACCUCUGCGGCUCCAGUCAUCUUCUCACACUCAUCGGCCUUCGCCCUCUGUCAGCACCCCCGAAAUGUGCACGAUGAUAUCUUGGAUCUGGUGAAAGAGACUCGGAGCUUAGUGAUGAUCAACUUCUCCCCGGCCUUCAUUUCUUGCCUACUGCCUCCGAACUCAAGCGUGCUUCCAGAGUUCUACGAAAAGAACAACACUUUGCAUCAAGUGGCUCGACAUAUCAUAUAUGUUGGCGAAAAGAUUGGCUACGAUUAUGUCGGGCUAGGAAGUGAUUUCGAUGGUAUCGGCGAGCUGACUCCUAGAGGCCUGGAAGGGGUUGACAAGUUCCCCGAUCUGAUUGCGGAGUUGUUGCGUCUGGGAGUGAGCGAUAAGGAUGCUGGCAAAGUCGCUGGGGGGAAUUUCCUUCGAGUCUGGAGGACCGCAGAAGGAAUUGCAAAAGGUCUACAGAGGAAGACGCAGGAGGGUGAAGACGAAGUCAGUGGGUGGUAA